AUGAAAAUUGAAACAUUGAUAAUAAUUUCUAUUCCAUUAGUACUGGGAUUACAUAUUAAAAGAGCAGAUGAUGAUAUACCAACAACAACUACUUCAAAUACUUUUUGGUAUCAAUUAUUUGGAACUCCUUCAACUACUCAACAAAUCGUAACUACUUCAACUACUGAUCAAGGUACAGGAUCUACAUUUUGGUAUCAAAUUUAUGGAACUCCUUCAAAUAUAGAAACUUCAUCGUCAUCAUCAUCUACUAGUAGUAGUAGUUCAAGUAGUAAUAAACCAUGGUAUCAAGGAUUAUUUGGUGCUGGUCGUACUACUUUAGGUCAAAGUACAGCAAGUUCAACAACAUCAACAACCACACCACCUUCUUCAACAUCUAUUGAAAGAACUACAAAUAGUCCUUUGACUAGUCAUGAUUGGUAUGGAACUGGUCCACCAUCACAACAACAACAAUCAACUACGAGUUCUUUAAGAUUAUCUACUCCUAGUUCUACUUCAGUUAGAGCAAUUGGAACUUCAUCUUCAUCAUCAUCAUCUAGUUCUACUUCAAGUUUUAAUUUCUUGAAUUGGCUUGGAAUUUCACAAACUACAAGUACCAGUACCAGUACUAGUGUAAAUUCAGAAAAUGAUUCAACUAGUUCAAGUAAUGUUGUUUUAACAUUGUUUACAAAUACAAGAUCAACUAUAGAAUCAGAAUCAACGGAUAAUUAUGAUGAAACUUCUGAAUUUGAUGAAGAAACUGAAACUACUAAUGAAAUUGAAGCAUCAGAAACUGAAAUAAGUGAAGAACCAUCAUCUACUACAACAACAUCUACUGAGAAUUGGUUACAAGCAUUACUUGGAAAUUCAACCAUUUCAUCAAACACUACAACUACUUCUUCCUCAUCAUCUACAAGAUCAAGAAAUUCAACUACUAGAUCUUCUUCUUCUACUAGAUCAAGUACUGAUAAUUGGUUAGCUUCAUUAUUAGGUAUAAAUGCCACAGCAACAGAAGGAUAUUCUAAUUCAUCAACUUUAAUAACUUCAAGAACAACAUCAGUUUCUACUACUUCUAAUGGAGGUAAUGGAAUUUUAGGAAGUAUAUUAAAUAGUAUUACAUCAUCAAAUGAUGGUGGUACUAAUACUAUACAAAGUACUACAGUUGCUGAUCAAUUUACAACUAGAGAUUAUUCAACUUAUACUGGUAUGAUAAGUGGAUAUCCUGUUCAAACUGGUAGUUAUAAUAAUGGAUUAAAAUUAGAAAAUUCAAUGAUUAAUUUAAUUUUAAUUAAUUUUAUCCUUGGUAUUGUUUUAAUUGUAUAA